AUGGUGAAAGAUGAUGACAAAAAAAGGUCCGAAGUUACAUUGGGAUUUUCGUGGAUUCCCAAGUGCGAGUUAGUUCGAUUUUGUCGUGGGCUCGAGGCAGCUGAGAAAACAAUCAAACAAGUUUGGGACGAACAAGAGAAUCAGUAUGCAGCCUGGGCUGAGAAUCAGCCCGGGUCCGGAGGACGCAAUCGUGGUACUACGCCAUGUCCAUUGAACGCCUCCUUGGGCCGCCUUCGGGAACGGAGAGCCACUUCGCGCCUACGGACACCUGGUGUCAGAGAUUCUUCUCCGACUUACGGUACCAACGGCACACCUGCGCCGUCGCGGCGGGACACCCGAGGAGGCACCAAAUUCAACCCGGUCAGCCUCGACGAGGAACCGGACGAUGCGGUUUCUCCUACCAGCCCAGAACCAAGACCUACGAAUUCUGCGUCCAGUGAAUCUGACAACCGCAAUAUAGCGGAAACUCGAGGUCAGGCUCCCACUGUCAAGUUUAGUCAGGCGGACUUCAUGCGGAAAGAAGGAAUCAAAGAAGGCUGGGGGAAUUUGAGUCCUUCAGAAAAAGAGGCUCGAGAAGUUGUUGCCGAGGCUCUUUACGAAAUCUAUAAAGCGACCAUGCUACAGAACAACGAAGAAGAGGUCCAAGGACUGAUUGCCUCUGAGUGCGUGGAGAAGGAGCUUUGA